UUUCCUUAACAAUAUUUUAUUUUAAAUAAUAAAAAAGUUAAAAUAUACGUUUUAGGCUGUGUUCAGAAACAUCAGUAUCGAUGAAAACUCGAGUACCGCAGGUAUUAUUUUUCUUAUUGUUCAUCGAGGGUUAAAUAAGGAUAAAAUGAUACCUGGGAGCACCCGGGUGAUGUUUCUGAACGCAACCUUAGAAGUUUAUAUAAUCUCGUCGAUGACUCAAGUUAAGUUCCUUGAUUGAAAGAUAAAUUGCAUACCAUGAAGAGGUGAAAUAUUAAAUAAUGGUAUUUGUAAAACCAUGUUGGGUGACUGGAAUUUUCAGUUUGCUGUCACGUAAUGCAUAUUCCAGUUUCAAGUUAUUAAAUCGCAAGGCUGUGAAUUUUAAACCAUGUACAAAGAUUCAGACUUUCUCCAUAGUACAAUGCACUAAGUACAAGCAGAAUGUGAAUUCUAAUGUGUUACUACAAAGGACUACAUAUUCUUUGUUAAGGAUAGAAGAUAUAUUGACCCAUGCUAAAUUAACAGAUUUACAACAGAAAAGAUGCUUGAGUAUUGCUGCAAAACUAGUCAAUAAUGCCUCGUCCAAAGUGCAACCAUAUAUGAAACUUAUGAGGAUAGAUAGACCAAUAGGAAGCUGGCUAUUAUUUUGGCCUUGUGGAUGGAGUAUUGCCUUGGCGGCUCCUGCGGGUGCCUUACCAGAUCUCUAUAUGUUAACGCUUUUUGGUAUGGGUGCAUUUAUAAUGCGUGGUGCGGGAUGCACUAUAAAUGACAUGUGGGAUCAGGAUAUUGACAAAAUGGUAAUCAGAACGAAAGACAGGCCUUUGGUAACUGGUCAAAUAACGUCAAAACAAUCGUUAAUAUUUCUAGCUGGACAGUUGAGUCUUGGAUUACUUAUAUUAUUGCAAUUGAAUUGGUACAGCGUAUUUCUUGGUGCCAGCUCAUUAGGUUUAGUAAUAAUUUAUCCCCUCAUGAAAAGAAUAACAUAUUGGCCCCAAUUAAUUCUGGGAAUGACUUUUAAUUGGGGCACCUUAUUAGGAUGGUCAGCUGUACGUGGAUCAUGUGAUUGGUCCAUCUGCUUACCACUCUACUUAGCUGGUAUUUGUUGGACUAUUCUAUAUGACACGAUAUAUGCUCAUCAAGAUAGAAUGGAUGACAUUCUGCUAGGUAUGAAAUCGACUGCUAUAAAAUUUGGAGAGGAUACUAAAUUCUAUUUAUCUGGUUUUUCAAUAAUAAUGAUUGCAAGUUUAAUUACCUCUGGUAUAUUAACUACUCAAACUUGGCCUUAUUAUACUGCCGUUGGAUUAAUCGCAACGCAUAUUAGCAACCAGAUAUAUACUUUAAACAUUAACAAUCCUUCGGAUUGUGCCAAAAAAUUUAUAUCCAAUCACAAAAUAGGCAUGCUACUGUUCAUUGGUAUUGUGUUAGGAAACUUGAUGAAAAAAUCAAUCACAGAAAAAAAUAAUGAUGAUAAAGAAACUAAACAUCAAAGUGUACUAGACGAAAUAAAAAAUAGACAUGAUUUAUAAUUGAGAAUUACAACUUAGCACCUUUAAAUGAUAAAUAAAAUUAAAUAGAGUAGAAAACAUUAGUGAAUAAAAGAGAAGCCCAAUAUGACUCCCACAGACACAAAUGUACCAAAAAAUAGUAUUUUUCGAGUACUUAAAAUUCAUUCCUCAGAUCUUUAUCUGAAGUAUCCAAAGAAAGAUAUAGGAUUCAAAGUUAUGUAAAAGCUUACUUUUCGCAAAAAUAACUUUUUAUUAUAUUUGAACAAUAUAUGUCAUUAAUAAAUUGAUCAAAAUCUUUAGAUGAUUCAAUUACUAUGUAUAAAUCCUCUGCGAUCUUGUAGGUACUGAAAUGUGCUUGAUAUCUAUUAUUCUAAAUAUUAUAUUGUAUUGUGUUAA